CUCUCAUCAUGUCAGUAAGUCGGGUUAUCCGGCUGCCACCCCUACCUAGCAUCAGGGAUUUAAUUAAACUAUAUAAAUUACGUGCUAUGAAAGAGCUUUCUCAAAAUUUUUUAAUGGACCCAAGAUUAGUUAGCCGCAUUGUCAGAUCAGCAGGAUCUGUUAAGGAUUGUGAAGUAUGUGAAGUUGGACCUGGUCCUGGCAAUAUAACGAGAUCAAUAAUUCAAAACAUGCCCUCUAGAGUACUAAUAAUUGAAAAAGACAAACGAUUUACACCAUCCUUGGAGCUUUUGGCUGAAUCAUCGCCAGUACCAUUAGAGUUAAUGUUUGGAGAUGUAAUGAAUUUUAAUUUAGAACAAAUGUUCAAUGAAGAUAAUAAAAUGGAAUGGGAAGAUAAAUGUCCACCAAUUCAUCUUAUUGGAAAUUUGCCAUUUAAUGUGUCUACCCCGCUUAUAAUACGAUGGUUAAGAGCUAUAUCAGAAAGAAAAAAUGCAUGGAGAUACGGUCGAGUACGUAUGACAUUAACAUUUCAAAAAGAAGUGGCUGAGAGAAUGGUAGCACCAAUAAUGACAAAAGAGAGGAGUAGGCUCUCAGUUAUGUGUCAAAAUUGGUGUAGGGUCGAACAUAAAUUUAAUAUUCCAGGUCGAGCAUUUAUUCCAAAACCAAAUGUUGAUGUGGGUGUUGUACGUCUUACACCUCUGAAAAAACCAAUAAUUAAUUUACCAUUCGACAUAAUUGAAAAGGUUAUCAGAUCUGUUUUUAAUUACAGACAAAAACAUUGUAUUCGAGGUGUUGAGACAUUGUUUCCAAAACCAGUCAGAGAACAACUAGCUAGUGAAUUAUUAACUGCUGCAGCAAUAGAACCAAGUACAAGACCAUUCCAAUUAACUGUCAGUGAAUUUGGUCGAAUCUGUGAAGCAUACAUGUCUAUAUGUAAGGAGAAACCAGAUUAUAUAAAAUAUAAUUAUCGUGGACAGAAAUCUGAUGAUAAUUGGCCACUUGUUCAAAUUAAUAAUUCAGAUAGCAGUGAAAAUAUAAUAUCGAUAAAUGAGUAUUAAGUACAAUGUGGUUAUUUCAUGGCAUAGAGUAGUUUAUAUAGUUAGUAAUAUAUUUUAAAUAUUUGUUUUUCAUAAAAUAUAUUAAAAUUCAAUUAUA